GGGAAAAACAACGAGUGUGUGUACAAAAGUAAGCAAGAGCAGUAAAGGAGCGAGUAGAGUGCGGGAAGAUAGAAGAACAGGUGCGAGUAUAAAAAGAACUAGUACAAGUACGAGAAAAGUCCAGAAGAAGUGCGAGCACAGAUAGAAACGAGUAAAAAAUAGUGUUGGAGCGAAUUCAAACCACGACAGCGGAAGAAAAGAGCAACGUUUCAAGAAAGAGCAUAUGCGAACACAAAUUUAAGAAUUGUUCAAGAGAAUAGAAGAACAAGAUUGCACGCAAGAAGAGCAACGAGUGUGAUCACAGAAAAAAAAACGCAACGAGUAAGUGAACUGGGAAAGCAAGUGACUGAAAGAAGAACGAGUGCAGCUGGACUGAAUCAACGAGUAGAAAGAAAGCGAGUGCGAGUACGAAGAGACCAACGAAUAGCUAAAGAGUCGAGUACAAAAGCAACGAGUAAAAUUAGAACUAGAGCGAGAGAGACAGAGAGCUAAGCUCAAUUGAGAGCGCCAUGCCCAGCACGGCAGGCAGCGCAGCCGGCGUCGGAGCGCUUAUCAACAGCGCCGGCAGCAGCGCCAGCAUGGGCAUCGGCGUUGGCGGCGGCAGCGUUGGCGUUGGCGUUGGCAGCGCUGCUGGCGCCAGUGCGAGCGUUGGCGGAGCAGCUGCCGGCAGCAGCGGCGCUGUGGCAGCCGCAUCGGCAGGCACAUUGAUUGCCCAGAGUACGGCGGGAACGAGCGCCGCCAGUGGCACCAUCACAUGGGACAACAAUGGCACACUGCGCUCCAUCAAUCCCGGCGAUUGGUCGAUCGAACAAUGCCUCAUGUGGCAGCAGCCGCAUCAUCUAUACUUUCAGCUCGGCUGGGCCUUUCUCUUUCUGGCCUUCCUUGCCCCGCAUGGACCAUUCGGCUCCCUGUGGAUGCGUGCCACAAUGCUCAUUGGUUGCAUCAUGAUGGGCAUGUAUGGCUAUCUCAUCGAGUGCACUCCGGAUGUUGUCUUUUGGUCUGGACUCGGCAUUGGCAUUAAUUUUGUCUAUCUCAUUGUGGUGCUGUGUCGACUGCGUCCCGUGCGAUUUGAUCAGGAAAUUGAAGCGGUGUACGUGGCUCUCUUUCAGCCGCUGCGCGUGACGCGACAUCAGUUCCGGAAGGUGCUCAACUGCAUGAAGGUCAUCAGGGCACUCAAGUACCAGGAGGUCUAUGCACAGGAGAAGGUCACCAAGGUGGACAGUCUCUCGCUGGUGUUGAGCGGCAAAUUGGUCGUCUCCCAGCAUCAGCGGGCACUACAUAUUGUGUUUCCCCAUCAGUUCCUAGACUCGCCAGAAUGGUUUGGCGUCUCAACCGAUGACUAUUUUCAGGUGUCCAUAAUGGCCAUGGAAGAGUCGCGUGUGUUAAUUUGGCAUCGGGAUAAGCUCAAGUUAUCGAUAAUGGCCGAACCCUUUCUGCAAACGGUAUUCGAUCACAUUCUGGGCCGUGAUGUUGUCAAAAAACUAAUGCAGGUGACACAGUUGGAAUCGAUGUUGCAGGUCAGUGAAUCGAUAGCUAGCAAUGGUUUCCUGCCCUCGGGUGGAUAUGCGGAGGAUGCCGAGGAUAAACCGAUGCUCAUACUAAAAAAGAGCGUCGAUGUGGGACAUGGAUUGACGGCGUUAAUUAAUCGACAGUUGCAGGAAGAGCAUGUUCCUUUACUUGGUCGCACGUACAAACACACUAAGCAGCCGCCACCGCCAGGUGUCGCUUUAGCGGCGGACACCAAUGUUGAUCACUACGUAAAUGCUGCUGCUGCUGCCGCUGACGCUGCCGCCGCCGCCGCUGCUGCUGUUGCUUACAAUGGCACUAAAUGAACCAGCAACACACACACACACGCACACACACACACAACUGCAAACACACACAAACACACAGCGCAAUCAACAACAACACAGUUAGCAGAAGGCCAGGAGCAUUCAUCAGCCGCAAAAUACAAUAAAAUUGAAAGAUAACAACGUCAGCAGCAUCUUCAGUCAAGUCAAUCAUCAAUCAUGAACAACUCUGUACAUCAUCAUCAUCAUCAUCAUCAUCAUCUUCUGCUUCAAUGUCUGCCAUGAUCAUCAUUAGUCCAACUCACGCACAAUCGCACCUGAAUGUUCAUCUAACCCAACAAACUUUAACCAUAAGCAAUAAGUGUAACACCCACUCACACUUUUUCACACCUACAAUCACAUACGUACUCAAUUAAAUAUAUAUUCUCUAUCCUAUAUAGUGUAGAUAAUGCAAACAUAUGUAUAUUCAGUUAGCUUUCGUUGCCAGGCACUUGUAAGACACUUUUGAUCUUCCAUUCAACUCGCAUAAAUAAACAAGCAAAAAUUUCCAUUUACACUUUGACGAUAAUGUACACAAAAAAAGUAAAAGAUAAUCAGAAAUUGGUAUUGUAGAUCAGUUGAGAUCAUAUCAGAUCAGUUCAGUUGUUCUAUAAAUCAAUGGCAUUGAAUUCCACUGCAUUUUUAGUCUUUUUUUUUUUAUUUUGCAAAGAUCAGUUGACGAUCACUUGAUGAGUCGAAUGAGUUGAGUUGGCUUCAUUCAAUAUUGUUGUCGAUAUCAUCUGAAUUCAACUCUAAUCAAGACUCAUUAAAAUUGGAUUAAGGAUUCAUUAAGAACGUUGUUCGUACUUUAAGUCGAUAGAAUCAACUGCUUGACAGUCAAGUGACUAGUUUACACUAAUAUAAUUUCUAUUUAAAACACACAACUAAUCAAUGAGUAGGUGAUCCUCAGUUAAAUUCAGUUGACAACAUUUUAAAUGUUUUAAAUUGCAUCAAUUAUGCUUGACUCCGUUGAUUAGCCUAAGUUCAUUUGAAUGUUAAAUGAAAUACUUGCAGUAGACCCGUAAAAAAAUGAUCCGCAG